CUUUCUAAAUGCACUCAAGCAAGAUUAGACUUCCAACAUUCUACAGACAACAGCACAAUUUCACAGCGCAACAUAGUGAAAGUAUACCAGUGUCACCAUCGAGCGGUGCGUGUGCAGAACUGCAGGGAUCUCUCAUGAGAAAAUACAACAGAUCAUCCUCAUCCCACCCCCCACCCCCGCGGUGCUCGGUGUAGAGGAGUGUACAUGUUCGGCGGUGGAGAUAGUCCUAGCUGAGGUGAUCUGACACACGGAAGAGGCGCAGUCAAUUAUAUAGCAGUCAGGUAACCGAAAAGUGAACCGGUGUGUGCGCAGCCCAAAACGCCCUCUAAACCCGAGAGUGGCGAGGAGGGACGAAGAGGAAAAUAAGAAAGGAAAUCCAUCCGUGCUCUGACAAGGAAGAUAGACUGCGUAUUGCAACGCAAAGAUGGGGAACCGGGGAAUGGAGGAUUUGAUUCCUCUGGUGAACCGCAUGCAGGAUGCCUUCUCUGCCAUCGGGCAGAACGCAAACCUGGACCUGCCACAGAUCGCCGUGGUGGGCGGCCAGAGUGCGGGGAAGAGCUCGGUGCUGGAGAACUUCGUCGGGAAGGAUUUCCUUCCCCGCGGUUCUGGCAUUGUGACUCGUCGUCCUUUGGUUCUGCAGCUGAUGAACUGUCCCACAGAAUAUGCUGAGUUCCUCCACUGUAAGGGCAAAAAGUUCACAGAUUUUGAUGAGGUCCGGCAGGAGAUCGAGGCAGAGACUGACCGGAUCACCGGGGCCAAUAAGGGCAUCUCCCCUGUGCCCAUCAACCUGCGUGUCUACUCCCCUAAUGUGCUGAACCUGACCCUGGUGGAUCUACCGGGGAUGACCAAGGUGCCGGUGGGCGACCAACCCGCAGACAUCGAGGCCCAGAUCAGAGAAAUGCUGAUGCAGUUUGUCACCAAGGACAACUGCCUAAUGCUGGCCGUCUCCCCGGCCAACUCUGAUUUGGCCAAUUCUGAUGCUUUAAAGAUUGCCAAAGAGGUCGACCCUCAGGGUAUGAGGACCAUUGGUGUGAUCACCAAGCUGGACCUGAUGGACGAGGGGACAGAUGCUAAGGACAUCCUGGAGAAUAAGUUGCUUCCACUCAGGAGGGGUUACAUCGGUGUGGUGAACAGGAGCCAGAAAGACAUAGAUGGCCGGAAGGACAUCAAUGCCGCCAUGGCUGCUGAGAGGAAGUUCUUUCUCUCCCACCCUGCAUACAGACACCUGGCCGACCGUAUGGGCACUCCCUACCUACAGAAAGUCCUCAAUCAGCAACUGACCAACCACAUCCGGGACACCCUGCCGGGUCUGCGGGCCAAGCUGCAGAGUCAGCUUCUCUCCAUAGAGAAGGAGGUGGACGAGUACAAGAACUUCAGACCUGAUGAUCCAUCUCGCAAGACCAAGGCUCUGCUCCAGAUGGUGCAGCAGUUCUCUGUGGACUUUGAGAAGUGUAUAGAGGGCUCUGGGGACCAGAUUGACACAGCCGAGCUGUCAGGUGGUGCCAGGAUCAAUCGCAUCUUCCAUGAACGCUUCCCCUUUGAACUGGUCAAGAUGGAGUUUGAUGAGAAAGAGCUACGCAAGGAGAUCAGCUACGCCAUCAAGAACAUUCAUGGAAUCAGAACUGGCCUCUUCACCCCGGACAUGGCCUUUGAGACCAUUGUGAAAAGGCAGAUUGGGAAGAUUAAAGAGCCUUGCACCAAAUGUGUGGACAUGGUCAUUUCUGAGCUAGUGAAUACGGUUAGGCAGUGUACCAAGAAGCUGGCUCAGUAUCCCAUGUUGAGAGAGGAGAUGGAGAGAAUCGUCACCCAGCACAUCAGGGACAGAGAAAGCCGCACUAAGGGCCAGGUGUUGCUGUUGAUAGACAUUGAGUUGUCCUACAUGAACACCAACCAUGAGGACUUCAUUGGAUUUGCCAACGCUCAGCAGAGGAUCAGCCAGAUGAACAAGAAGAAGACAGCUGGCAACCAGGAUGAGAUCAUGGUGAUCCGAAAGGGCUGGCUGACCAUCAACAACAUCGGCAUCAUGAAGGGAGGUGCCAAGGAGUACUGGUUUGUCCUCACCGCAGAGUCCCUGUCCUGGUAUAAAGAUGAUGAGGAGAAGGAGAAGAAGUACAUGCUGCAGGUGGACAACCUGAAGCUGCGCGAUGUGGAGAAAGGCUUCAUGUCCAGCAAGCAUAUCUUUGCCCUCUUCAACACCGAACAGAGGAAUGUGUAUAAGGACUACCGUCAGCUGGAGUUGGCCUGUGAGAGUCAGGAAGAUAUUGAUGCUUGGAAGGCCUCCUUCCUCAGAGCGGGAGUUUAUCCUGAGCGGGUCACAGACAAGGAAGGAAAGAGUGACGGCGGUGAUGAAAAUGGCUCUGACAACUUAAUGCACAGCAUGGACCCACAGCUGGAGCGGCAGGUGGAGACCAUUCGUAACCUGGUUGACUCCUACAUGGCCAUCGUCAACAAGACCGUCCGUGACUUAAUGCCCAAGACCAUCAUGCACCUCAUGAUUAACAAUACUAAGGAGUUCAUCAAUGCAGAGCUGCUGGCCCACCUGUACUCGUGUGGUGACCAGAACUCUCUGAUGGAGGAGUCUCAGGAGCAGGCCCAGCACCGUGACGAGAUGCUGCGGAUGUACCACGCCCUGCGGGAGGCCCUCAGCAUCAUCGGUGACAUCAGCACAACCACCAUAAGCACCACCAUGCCGCCUCCCGUGGAUGACUCCUGGCUGCAGGUGCAGCGGGGGAGCCCCGUAGGAAGGUCUCCAGCCACCAGUCCAACUCCAAACCGCAGGGCUCCACCGGGACCUCCGGCCCGCCCAGGCUCUCGUGGGCCUCCACCUGGGCCUCCUCCUGCUGGAGGACCCCCUGUCCCGUCUCGCCCGGGCGCUUCUCCAGACCCUUACAGUGGGCCACCACCCACUGUGCCCUCCCGGCCUAACCGCGCACCCCCAAGUGUGCCCAGUGGUCAUGGGGGUGAGUGAGAACAUGAAAACAACUACAGUCUAUGCAUAAAACUGUCAAACGCUCCUCCUAUUUCACCCUCACGUCGCUGUCUGAGAGCCUGUGAGUUGAACCCAUCUUUUCACAACCUGUUUUGCCACAGAACUCUGCUGUCAGUGUGAUGUGUUGUAUUUUGACCCCGAUCAAAAACAACCAACCCACCAGCCACAAAAACCCAUAUCUGUACCUCAACUGAUGUCAUUAUACACUUCAGUGACCCCUUGUGCAUCUUAGUACUCCUCAACUUCAACAUAAACCCAACAAAGAAUUAUUCUACUUAUUAUUAAACAGUAAAUACUUUAUUAUCGACAUAUCUUAAUGUGUUCUUAUGUAUAUGUGUGGUGCAUCUUAUGGGACUUGUACUUCCACUGUCUAGAGAUUUUAGUCUGCAAUGUAUGAAAUUGCUGGGUAUUUAAAUUAUUAUGAAUAAACAAGAAUAUGUAUAAGGAAAUAAUAUUUGAAAAACAUAUUAAAAUGUGUAAUGCAGUGAUGUAUAUGGACGUUGGCAGGUUGUUUGACUUUAGCUUGUACCAGAGAGGGUUUUUUUUGUUGUUGUUUUUCUCACCUCUCUGUAGAAGAGCAGGGAGGGACAGUGUGAAUGUGUGAAGUCCUGCAGCAACAAGGUCCUGCAUCUUGUUCAAUCUGCUGUGGAUGGAUCAAUGACUUUACCCCGCAGGACUGCUGCGCUUUGUCAACACAUUAAAAAC